GAAUCAGCCGCCGCAGCAAUAAAAAUAUUGACUCGGGUCUCGGACCAUGAACAUAACAAUAUUAUUGACUUGGGCAUGGGUAAACAGUAAAAAUGUGUAAGAAAAAUAUAAUAGUAUACAUUAUACAUAACAACUUCAGCUGAGUAAGUUAGCAACAUGGUAUGCUCAUGAGAAUCCUGUUUCGAUUCGUAUCUGCGCACAUGGCACAUUACCAGUAACAUUUCGUCAAAGUCCAAAGAACAAUAUUUCGUUGAUGAGGUUGUUAAAUUAUGGCGAGUGUUGAAAGCAAUUUUUAUGGUUCUGUAAGAGUUGGCCAAAAAGUGAGUGUUGGGGCAUUCGAUGGGUUUGCUCGCUAUGUUGGUCCAAUCCCUGGAACAGAUUCUAUAUGGGUGGGAGUUGAAUGGGACGAUUCAAAUAGAGGUAAACAUGAUGGAAUUCAUAAUGGUAUCAGAUAUUUUAAAACUCUACAUCCUAACGGGGCAUCUUUUGUACACUUAGAAAAAGUGAUACCUCACAAUGUUAGUUUUAUAAAUGCUUUUCAAAGUAAAUAUGGCCAAAAUUGUGGUAAUAAUAUUCAUCAGGAGAUAAUUGCAUUAAUGAAACAGUCUAAAAUGCCAUCAUUUGAACUAGUUGGAAUGCAAAAAAUUCAGAAAACACAAGCAUGUUUUGAUAAGUUAACUCAUGUAUGUCUAAGUCAUCAUGGUAUAACAUGUGCAGGCAAUCCAAACGAAAUACAAGAUUGCUGUCCAAAUAUUGUGAAUUUAGAACUCUGUAAUAAUUGUUUUACUGAUUGGGGAACAGUAUCAGAAAUAGCUCAACAGUUAAAACAUUUAACAACUUUGAAUUUAAGCUUUAAUAAUAUAGAUUUACCACAAGAACCAAAUCAUCAAUUAAAGGAAUCUUUUAAAUGCUUGAAGAAAAUAGUUUUAGGUAAACUCGAUUAUAGCUGGCAUGAGAUCAUGUCUUUAUGUGAAGCAUUUCCCGUACUUGAAGUAUUAGAGGUCCCUGAUAACAAUAUAGAUAGACUUGAAACACAUUCAGCAGUUAUGGAGAAUCUUUUGUACUUGAACCUGGAAAAUAAUAAUUUAUCAUGGUCAGAAAUCAAUAAAUUGCGCUCUUUACCAAAAUUACAAACUUUAAAUGUCAAUCGAAAUGGAAUAAAAGACAUUCAAAUUGUACCAUCAUCGUUUCCUUCACUUGAAUUUCUGAUGAUCAGUGAUAAUGACUUAUUACAUUUUGAAUCAUUAUGUGAGCUUAAUAAAUUACCAGCAUUAUGUUCUUUAAGAAUUCAAAAUAAUCCUCUAAUUAAGGGUAUGAGUGUAAGCAAUUACACCUUACAAAUAAUAGCAAGAAUUGCCAAUUUGAAGACGUUAAAUGGAACUAUGAUAACUCUUAAAGAACGACAAAAUAAUGAAAGAGAUUUCUUAAAGGAUUUGGACAUGAUAUGGCAUAGACAGUUAAAAAGUGCAGAAGAAAGAGCCGCAUUUUUGACAAAACAUCCACGAUAUAUGGAACUCAUUGCUAAAUAUGGUUCUGAUUACUCGGAAGACCUGAACACGUCAAACAAAAUAAAAACAAUAAAAAUUAGGAUUGUGAACUUUUGCAAAGAAACCAGUACAGAAAAGGAUGUAAUAACAAAAACACUUCCAAUUACUAUGACACUUAAUCGUUUAAAAGAUCUUGGAAAACGUUUAUUUGGUCUAGGCAAUAAACAACUUGAAUUUUCAUACCUAAUAAAAGAGAAACCAGAUAUUGAAUAUACCAUGGAAAAUAUGAAUCAAACAUUAGAUUAUUAUUCUGUUGAAGAUGGAAACACAGUAUUAAUUAAAUGGUAAAAAUAAUAAUUCAAACUUAAUUUUUAAUUGUUAAUCUAUUAAUUGUAUUUUUAAAUGUUUUAUUUUGUACUUUUAACAAUUUUAAGUUUUUUCAUUGUUUAUUAAAUAAAAAAAAAUUAUAUAUAUAAAA